CUACCCACCCUCGGGGGGAGCCAACCCAAUUUUUUGUUCCAUAUCCGACGACGUCUCACAAACAGCGUCCCAAGCCAGCGGUCUGGGCCGCCGCACGCCGCCUUUCCCACCUUGUGGUGGUCCUCUUCUCCAUGCGAGUGGGGACCACCACAUGCAUGGAGAUGAGGACCACCACAUGCCGAGUAGAUAUCGUAGUGGGAACUGAGACUCGAGGGUUGAAGAACUCAUGGAUUGUUUUGGUCUUCACAGGGAACUGAGGAUGGCGUUCGACCUGGUGGGCUCUUUGUGACGGAUGAUUUGAGAGAGAGUGAAUCUACCAUCAAUGCAGGUCACGAAUUCAAAUACUGACUUGUACAGCAGGGAACUGAGACUGGAGGAUGGCGUUCGAGCUGGAGCGGCCACCAUUUUUGGGUUGAAGUUGGCAAAAAGGCCCCGGAGCAAAGACGAACAAGGGAAUGGAAUAAAAGAUGAAGAUGCUGCAGUCAGAGAAAGAGUUGAUCAAGGAGGCCUCAGUCUGGCAAACGAUCGCGCGGUAUCAGGUCCUGCAGCAGGUGGCGAAGGAAGGAGGUAAGGUGAAGGCACAAGGGAAUCCCUGCAGCAGGUGGCGAAGGGAGGAGGUAAGGUGAAGGCACGAGGGAACGCCAAUUCCCUGGCGCCGGGUGAAAAGUGACCGAGGCGACAAGCAGUCAAGUGGAAAGACGACUCUGCAGUCAAAAGGGUAAGCAAGUGCAUGCCAAGUCUGCUAAGCCUGGAGGGGACCAGAACGGUCCGUCACCGUAGUCGAUGCAUCCUCUUCCGUGUCCAAUCCAUUCUGUACAAUUGAACUCCAGGUGUACACCUCUUGCAAAUGUACCUACCUUCCUCUCCAGUGUCAUCUCGGGAAGCCGCCGCCGCUGCCACUGCCAUGGAGCCAAUGGAACUAGCAGCAGGACUAAAUGCUGGCGCCGAAGGAGCAGCAACAGUACCAGGCACAGAGUCACAGACUGCGGACGGUGAGUAGGCGUCGGUACGGACAAUGCAGGGGUGGUGUACUAUGGGAUAAUCUCUAGAUAGCACAGUCAUGCAGAGAAGCGAAUUGACCACAGACGACAGGGUCGGCAAUAUGAACUGCUCUUUUGAUCCCUCAAAAGUUUCACCUAUCGACUCCGCCUGCUGCCAUUGCUGCACCACGAGCUCUUAUGUUUGAAAACGAAGGGCCACUGCCUCAUGCGAAUGCUCAAGGGGAAGGGGUGAGUUCUGGGAUAGCCUCCUCGUCUCUCUCUCUCUCUCUCUCUCUCUCUCUCUCUCUCUCUCUCUCUCUCUCUCUCUCUCUCUCUCUCUCUCUCUCUCUCUCUCUNCUCUCUCUCUCUCUCUCUCUCUCUCUCUCUCUCUCUCUCUCUCUCUCUCUCUCUCUCUCUCUCUCUCUCUCUCUCUCUCUCUCAUGAUGACCUUCCCUGGUGAACGAUGGUGGGGAAGGCUGUGCUUUUCUUGACGGUUCCAUGAACGCAGGUCGAACUGCAGGAUCGUGUGAACACAGUGCGCUUGACGGCACAUGGUCCGAUUCAUGGAUGAUCUCCUGGGUGAUUGUCAAGGUAUUUUUUCUGUUUUUGUCUAUUUUGUUAUUGUUGUUGUUGUUGUUGUUGUUGUUCUUGUCGUUGUUGUUCUUGUCGUUGUUGUUUUUCUGCGCUCUUUCCCUCUAGCCGC